AUCUGUACUCCGUGUGGACGUGUAGUUCGUCGCUCCAACGUAGCCCGCGUAAAUAUUUUUGUAAAUACCUAAUUACCGUGAUUCUUCUCGGAUUGUGUACUAGUGGAUUAGUUCUGACUUCUGUGUACGUGCAUGUGUGUGUGUAACUAGUUAUCGUUUUCUUGUGCCACGACCCUGUUUUUGGAUUUUCUAUCGGAGUAUUGUAAUGGCGUAGCGUAAUGGAGGGCGAGUGCUCGGAGGAGGGUUGGGUGCUGGUGCGCGUGCACGUGCCCGAGCUCAACGUGCAGAAGUCGCUGCAGUUCUCGCGCGACCAGCUCGUGUGGGACGUCAAGCAGCAGUGCCUGGCGGCGCUGCCCAAGGUGGCCACUUGGUACCGGGAGCUGAAGGAGAGCUUCAACUAUGGGUUGUUCUGUCCCCCGGUCAACGGCAAGGCGGGCAAGUUCCUGGACGAGGAACGCCGGCUCGGGGACUACCCCUUCAACGGCCCUGUAGGGUACCUUGAGCUGAAGUACAAGCGACGCGUGUACAAGAUGCUGAAGCUGGACGAGAAGACCCUGAAGGCGCUGCACUCGCGCGCCAACCUGCGCCGCUUCAUCGAGCACGUCACGCACGGACAGACCGACAAGAUCACCAAGUCCUGCGCCAAGGGACUCGACCCCAACUUCCACUGCCAGGACACCGGCGAAACACCACUAACGAUCGCCGCCGGUCUAAAGUCACCAUCGAAAGUAUUGAUAUCCCUCGUGAACGGUGGGGCGCUGCUGGACUAUAGAACUAAAGAUGGAAGCACAGCAAUGCAUAGAGCCGUCGAGAAGAACUCUUUGGAAGCCGUCAAAACUCUUCUGGAGCUGGGCGCGUCACCGAACUACAAGGACGGGAAGGGUCUGACCCCACUCUACUUGUCUGUUACCAAUAAAACUGAUCCGUUACUGUGCGAAACCCUGCUUCAUGAUCACGCGACUAUCGGAGCGACAGAUUUGCAAGGAUGGCAGGAGGUGCACCAGGCAUGUCGCAACGGCCUCGUCCAACAUCUGGACCACCUUCUCUUCUACGGGGCUGACAUGAACAGCCGUAACGCGUCAGGAAACACACCUCUCCACGUGUGCGCUGUCAACGCGCAGGACUCCUGCGCUCGCCAGCUGCUGUUCAGAGGAUGUGAUAAAGAGUCGCUCAAUUUCGCCAAUCAGACUCCUUACCAGGUGGCAGUAAUAGCUGGAAACUUAGAAUUAGCUGAAGUUAUAAAGAGUUACAAAUCCGAAGAAGUCGUGCCGUUUCGUGGUCCACCGCGCUACAAUCCGCGGCGGCGGUCGGGCGCGUGGGGCGCCUGGGGCUGCGCGGGGGACAGGGGGUCUCUCGCGUCCUCUACGCGCAUCCCCGCCGAGCUGGACGCGCUGCUGCGGGGCUGCGACCGCCCCUUCGACCGCCCCUUCUCCUCCGCCUCCUCGUCCAUCGACAGCCAGGACGACGCCAGCAUCAUCACAGAGUCAUCGGGCGUGGGCACGAGCACGUGCAGCACGGAGGCGUCCUCGAUGGGGGCGACGGUGGUCUGCCUGCAGCCCUACGAGCCCACCGCCCACAACCAUAUCCGCCUCUGCCAGGGAGACAUCAUUGAAGUGUCGUCUGCGACUGACGACGGGUUGCUAGAGGGCGUGGUGCGGGGGACGGGCGCGGCGGGGCUGUUCCCCGCGCGCUGCGUGCACGAGGUGCGGAUGCGGCAGAACCAACAACAUCAGAUGGUGCCGGGUGGGCAGACGCGCGUGGCGGGCCGCCGCGAGAUGGCGCUCAGCAAAACCUACUCCGCCACCGCGCCGAGAAUUAAAAAGACGUACGACAGCAACGAGGUAACAGAGUCGCCGUGCGACGGGCGGCGCACAGUGGUGUUACACCGCGCGCGCCGGGGCUUCGGCUUCGUGCUGCGAGGGGCGAAGGCAGCGUCGCCCCUCAUGGAGCUCCGCCCCUCGGAGCGGUGCCCCGCGCUCCAGUAUUUAGACGACGUCGACGCCGGCGGAGUCGCCGAUCGGGCCGGACUGAGGAAAGGCGACUUCUUGUUGGCGAUCAACGGCGAGGACGUGUCGGCGGCGUCGCACGAGCACGUGGUGGAGCUGAUCCGCAGCUCCGGCGCGCUCGUCUCCAUGACCGUCGUGUCGCUCAACGCCGGAGCCCUGGAGGGUCAGUGCAGUGUGCCGGCGAGCAAGUCGCAGGGCCAGCUGGCGAGCGGCCGCCCCUACGCCGCCACGCUGCCGAGAAAAGCCGCCGGUGGACGAAGUCCCGCGCCGGCGCCGCCGCGCCGCGACCCGCGCACCACGCUCAGCGUCGGCCGCGCGCGAGCCAAGUCCAUGGUAGCUGGACUAGAGAAUGGCGGUGAGAAGGAGGAGAACUGCGAGCCGCUCAGCGUCGCCGGCAAGUCGUCAUCAGCGGAGUCCGUGCAGCUGCACGCCGGGAGUAACACUAGUACGCCAGUGGCGGCGCGCACGGCGUCGGUGCGUGCGCGGCCGGCGUCGGGGCGCGUCACCGCCGCAGAGCUGGAGGAGCUGUUCGCGAGACAGGCGGGCGCUGACAACACUGGCGGCGCUAUGAUGACGCGCUCCGCGUUCACGGGGGGCGGGGCGUCGCCGGCCGCGUCGCCCGCGCGCCAGCCGCGACGAGUGUACGCCUCUGUCGCCGACAUGAAACGUUGCCGCGGGAAGGCGCCCCCGGCCCCGGGCGGGUCGCUGCGGCGCGAGUUCCACAGCACGCCCGACCUGGCCGCCGAGCUCGCCGCGCGCCCGCCGCGAACACGCUCCAGCGAGGACGUGCACGACGGAGCGGGCGGCCCCGCGCCAUCGUGCGCGCCGCCGCCGCCGCCGGGCGCGCCCGCGUCGUCGUUCCGGCCCGCCGCGCCCGCCAAGCUGUACGCCUCGCCGCGAGCGCUCGCCCCCGUCGCCUAUCGCCCCGCACCGCCUACCAAGGGUGCGAGCGAGACGGGACGCGUUGCGCCGCGAUCGUGGGCGGGGCCGGCGCGGCCGCUGCGUACGCGGUCCGCCGACGACGCUGCGCCGCAGUACGCGCAGCCGCUCGUGCACAAGGGCAUUGGGAGACAGAACUCGACGCCCGCGCCGCCGAUCCCCGAGCCGGAUUACAGCAUGUCGGAGUCGGACGACGAGCACAAGCCCGCGCCGCCCGUCGCCGAGACCAGCGCCAACAGCAACACCAGCGGCAGCAGCAGCGGGUCGGGCUCGAUGCAGCACUCGUUCUCCGUCGACGAGAUUCAGAAGAUCCGCACGCGGCUCAAGUCGUCGCGCAGCUGCGGCGCCGAGCUGGCGGGCGAGCUGGCGGGCGAGCGCGGCGGGGAGGGAGCGGGCGAACGCGGCUCCGACGACAACUCGUCGUCCGGCGUGUCGUCCGACCAGGAGGCGCCGGCGCCGCGCCGCGACCGUGUCUCCUUCUGCGCCUCCGUCACCGUCAAGUCCGGCGACGACGUCAUCAGCACCGAGCCCGUGCACUCAAGCUCCGAGAGCCUCGCGCCGCCGCCCAUGGCGCGCCACAACUCGCUGACGCGCAAGCGCGCGGCUGCGGCGCUGCUGCGGGGCGCGGCGCGCGCGGGCCGAUCCGCCGCCGAGCGGCUGGGCGUGGACGUGGACAAGGCGCCGGGGCGGCGGCGCGCGGGGCUGCUGGCCGCGCUGCCGCCGCCGCCCGAGGAGGGCCCGCCGCCCGACGCGCCGCCGCCAGUGCUCGCGCCGCCGCCGCAGUUCAGCGACCGCGUGCGCGUCGUCGCCGCGCUGCCCAAGCUCGCCUAGACCCCGCGCCGACGACUCCGUAGUGCCAAAUCGAAAUUCCUCGAUCGUCCCGCGCUCGCGGUGACCCUCCCCCCGACGUCCCCGCGACUCGUGAAACCAAAGAUUUAUAGUAUUUAUUGUCGAGGAGUAGAGUAGUCGAUGCUAAUUUUUGUACAUUCCCCCGUCGACCGCGGGAUCGUUCGUCUCUCAGAGUCUACGUGUAUGAUUUAUCCUCUAGCGCAACCGAGUGCCAUCGUUUCUACGUUUUAAUAUAUUUUUAUAUAUGUAAAUAGCGGAGCUCCGGAGGGGCGGAGCUAUAUUAUCCGGCCAGCAGAAUAUAUAUCGCGAAAUGAAUUAUAAUGUUAAUUUUAUUAAUUUUAAUAGUUUAUAAAUGCGUAGUCUAUCGUUAAUUUAUUCGUCCGUCUCGUACAACGUCCGCUCCUCCGGCCAUCGGGCGCGUGGCCGCACGUGCGGGCCCCGGGCGGGCGGCCCCGACUCGUCAUCACCACGCCCGGCCCGCUCCGAGGUUAGCAGACUGACGUUCAAUAUCGUUCGAUGCUUUAUUAUCUCGUCCGUUCCAUUGUAUAUUUAUAUAGGUGCAUUCGCGGCGAGGUCUCGUCGGCGGCCCCCGACGGCCUAGUACAGUGUGAGAGUAUGUGACGAGUGAGUGUGCCAAAGUAUUGCAAUAGAUAAUUACAGUAGAUAGCGUGUGCCUAUGUUUCAAAAAUUAUCGUCUGAGAAAUGAAUAUAUGAUCUCCAUACGGCUUAAGGCUUUAUUUACGUAAUAACUGCCGACGGAAUCUCUCCGCCGUUAUAUUAUUGAACGCUUUCGUUCAUAUAUAACACCAAUUUUAUAGAUUCCAUUUUUAUAGAGAAGUAAAUGCACCGAACCGCACGCAGCGGGCUUCGUAUAUCUUAUAUUAUAAAUAAUUUAAAAUCGAAUGUAUAUUAUUUUAAUUUCGGGAGAUUAUCGUAUUAGUCGAAUUCGGUGUAGGGCGCUCGCGAACGGUAGACUCGGCCAGGAAUUGUCGGGCUCCAUCGUAGAGUAUACACGGAUAGUUUCGAUUUUUAUAUUUUUUAUACAAUAGUCGACUAGAUGUAGUUCCGCGCUGAGUUAGCUGAUAUUACCAAAUAGCGGCUAAUCGAGCCGUCGGCCUAGCCGUCGCGGACGAGAGACCGGAGAUUUGAAGUAAGGAUAUUGACAUCUAGCUAUAGCGGGUAGCUGUUUGCACGCCGGCCGAAAGUUGUGUGCACGCCGGCCGAUAGUUGUGUGCACGCCGGCCGAUAGUUGUGUGUACGCCGGCCGAUAGCUGCGUGCACGCCGGCCGAUAGCGCCCAGCGACUAGCCCCUAGUCGGAGCCCACACUGUAUUAGCACAAUUAUUUUGCAUUGUAUUAUGAUUGCGUUAUCUUCUUGUCACUAAUUUAAGUUGUAUAAAUGUAUUGUCUACUUAAGUAUAGGUAGCUAGCUGUAAUUAGAACUAGUGACAGGUUCGGCGCUCGACGACCCUCGAUUCUGCUGAAAUGGCGCUAAUUCGUCUGGAAAUUUCCAGAAUUUUCAUUUAGCCGCACUUUACGUUUGGUAUUCCUCCUAUACUCUUCCUGUCGGAAGGGACUCGGAGGAAGGAAGGGCUUCACAGCGAAAGAGAGUUGAGCUCGGGCGGGCGCCGCGGUUUUGUAUAAAUAUACCAACAAUUGUGUUUCAUUUCAUUUGAAUCUCAGUAUCGAACGUGUAACUACAACUUGGUAUACUUUCAAAUGAAAAAAAAUAAAUGUUUCAUCACUA